AUGCCCAAGCGCCUGAUGCGGGCGACGGCAAUUUUCGCGCCACUGUGCCCCGACGCAAUAUUGAGCAGGCGUCAGUCUGAACAAGAUGUGUAUGAGAUGACAAAAGACAGGAAUCUGUAUAAUAAUCUAAUAACAAGCUUAUUUCCAAGCAUACACGGGAACAAUGAAGUGAAACGAGGAAUAUUACUUAUGUUAUUUGGAGGAGUCGCUAAAACUACUAUUGAAGGUACCACACAUCGUGGUGACAUCAAUGUAUGUAUAGUGGGAGAUCCGAGCACUGCUAAGUCACAGUUAUUGAAACAAGUCAGUGAGAUGACACCCCGUGCUGUCUAUACUAGUGGCAAAGCAUCAUCUGCAGCCGGUCUCACUGCGGCUGUUGUUAGGGACGAGGAGUCAUUCGACUUUGUGAUAGAAGCGGGCGCACUGAUGUUAGCCGAUAAUGGUGUGUGCUGUAUUGAUGAGUUUGACAAGAUGGACCCCGGAGACCAGGUUGCCAUACACGAGGCCAUGGAACAGCAGACCAUAUCCAUUGCUAAGGCAGGAGUAAGAGCAACUUUAAAUGCUAGAACUUCAAUAUUAGCUGCGGCCAAUCCUGUAGGUGGUAGAUAUGACCGUGCGAAGUCUCUGCAGCAAAAUGUAGCUCUCAGUGCACCUAUCAUGUCCCGGUUUGAUCUAUUCUUUAUACUAAUAGAUGAGAGCAGUGAAAUGGUUGAUUAUGCCAUUGCAAGGAAAAUAGUGUACUCUAGAGAAGAUCUGUUGAGAUAUAUUGCUUUUGCGAGAUCAUUCAAGCCGUUUAUCACUGAAGAAGCAGGGAAGCUACUAGUGGAAUACUACACAGUGCUGCGGGGGCGAGACGCGGGCGGGGCGGGGGCGGGGGCGGGGGCGUGGCGUAUCACAGUACGUCAGCUGGAGUCACUCGUGAGGCUCUCAGAAGCCGUCGCCAAGUUGCACUGCAGCGGUGCUGUCACUGAACAUCAUGUACACGAAGCUUACAGGUUACUAAACAAAUCUAUAAUCCGAGUUGAGCAACCUGAUAUACAUUUAGAUGAAGAUGAUCCUCAGUGGGAACCCAUGAUGGAGGUUGACCAAGACCCAUCUACAGCCACCACUGGUGAGUAUCCUGAUGUCGGUGGCUCAGGGUCAUCUGGAAAGAAGAAACUAACUUUAUCAUUUGAAGAAUACAAAUCUCUAAGUGUCAUGCUUGUUGUGUUUAUGAGGAAAGAAGAAAGCGAAGCAGAAUCUAGAGGUGAGGAGAGCGCAGGUAUGCGUAAGAGUGCAGUAGUAAACUGGUAUUUAGAGCAACUGGUGACACAAGGACAGAUAGAAAAUGAAGACGAGUUGGUUGAAAGGAAAGUUCUGGUUGAAAAAGUUAUUGAAAGGCUCAUGUAUCAUGAUCAAGUUAUUAUACCUUUGACAACCACUGGUCUAAUAGCGACUCAGAAAUCAUCAGAACAAGAGAUAGAAGACGAUCCAUUAUUAGUCGUCCACCCAAACUUCGUUGUGGACGUAUAA